GGAGGCUGAGCAGGGGGCGACACCGCGGCGCAACCGGCAGCUGAACCGGCCCACCUUCCGCCCCCACCCACCUCCCCCGACUCUCCCACACGCCGGAAAGGAGGCCGAGGAGGAUGCGGAGAGAGCGGGCGGGGAACUGAGAUCGACAGACAGAGAGAGAGAGACAGAGACAGACAGCCGCCCGGGUGCGGAGCCGCGGCCGCCGGCCUCCUGUCACCGUUCAUCCCGCCGCCUUCCUUCCCCUCCCCUCCCCUCGGCCGGGGAGUGAAGCUGCUCACCGCCCCCUCCCUGCCACCCCCCCACCCCCAACCCCCCCGGAGGAUGAUGUGUUCGGCUCCAUCUCCUCCUGGACCCGGGGCUGGCGGUGGUCUCUUCUCCUGCACCUCGCACACGGAGCCCGACUACUCUCCCGCCGCUUGCCUCCACACGGACUCUCUGCUCUUACCGCCGCCCGGCUCGGCGGCCGAUGCCCGGGCUCUUGCAACCGCUGCUGGAGGCGGCGGUGGCAGAGGAGAAGGAGCAGGAGGGGGGAUGGAGGACGGGGCCGGGCGUCAGCUGCUGUCAGGGAAGCUCCUCGGGAAAAAGUACCAACAGCUCUUCGCCGCCGCCCUGGAUCUCCAGCACAGCAGAAAUAAAAAAGCUUUGAGCAAGAAAAAACUUAAAAGGAAGCAGAAGACCAAAUCAAAAGUGAAAGCACGAUCGAAGGCAAAGAAUUUGGAAAAUGCUUCACCAAUUCCAGAUAUCAAAAUCCACAGCAACCCGUCAGCCUUCAAUGUUUACUGUAAUGUGCGCCAAUGUGUUCUGGAAUGGCAACGGAAAGAAGCAUCCCUGACUUUGGCCUCAAAGAAUUCAGUCCAGAGUGGAGAUUCGGACAGUGAUGAGGAAGAGGAAUCAAGGGAGCCACCAAUUAAACUACCUAAAAUCAUAGGAAUUGGACUUUGUGGUGUAUUUGAGCUUAUAAAAGAGACAAGGUUCUCUCAUCCUGCACUGUGUCUGAGAAGUUUACAUGCUCUACUUGACAUGCUUCAGGGGCAACAGCCAGAAGGCCUCCAGUCAGAGCCACCUGAUGUUUUGGAAUCUCUCUUCCAUUUAUUGUUAGAAACAACGAUACGAAGCACUGGAAUGGCGGAUAAUAUCAGCCAGUCCCUUACUGCUUUUUCUUGUGCCUGCCUCUUCAGUUUAGUAGUUGCUUGGGGAGAUACAGGCAAGAUCCUACAGGCUGUGUCAGCAAUUCUUACUAGUAAUGGCAGCCAUGCUUGCCAACCUAUUCAGGUGCCAACCAUUCUAAAUGCUCUUCAAAGGAGUGUGCAAGCAGUUUUAGUUGGAAAAAUUCAAAUUCAGGACUGGUUCAGUAAUGGAAUAAAGAAGGUAGCUUUAAUGCAUAAAUGGAUUUUAAAGGAAGUAUUUACAGAUGAAGAUGAUCAGUGCCUACUGCAAAGUGAUGGCUCAUUUCUGUAUCUGUUGGCUAAAGAUGGACUGUACAAAAUUGGUUCUGGUUACAGUGGAACAGUCAGGGGCCAUGUGUACAACUCAACUUCCCGGAUAAGGAAUAGGAAGGACAGAAGAUCAUGGCUGGGGUUUGCACAGGGUUCUUUACUAUACAGGGAUUUAAAUAACCAUAAUUUGACAGCAAUGUCCAUCAACCCAGAAACAUUGGAACAAGAAAGCACAGUUAAUCUUCCAGGUUGUCAAGCUGGAGGACAGAACAUACUAUUCACCGAUGGAGAAUACAUCAAUCAGAUUACUGCAUCAAAAGAUGACGGUUUUGUAGUUCGGAUAUACACAACAAGCACCGAGCCUGUACUUCAACAGGAGCUGCAGCUCAAGUUAGCCAGGAAGUGUCUACAUGCCUGCGGCCUCUCUUUAUUUGAUUUGGAGAAAGACUUGCACAUCAUUAAUACAGGAUUUGAUGAGGAGUCGGCUUUCGUUGGAGCAGGUCGAGAAUUUGCACUAAUGAAAACUGCUAAUGGAAAGAUGCAUUAUACUGGCAAAUAUCAGAGCCUUGGGAUCAAACAAGGAGGUCCUACUGCAGGAAAAUGGGUCGAAUUACCCAUCACAAAAUCGCCAAAGAUUGUACAGUUCUCUGUGGGUCACGAUGGGUCUCACGCCUUAAUGGUGGCUGAAGAUGGAAGUGUUUUUUUCACUGGGUUGGCCAGUAAAGGAGAGGAUGGUGAAUCAGCUAAAAGCAGACGCCAACCAAAACCUUACAAGCCAAAGAAAAUGAUUAAAAUGGAAAGCAAAACAGCAGUCUAUACAGCAUGCAACAAUGGAAGUAGUGCUAUCACAACAAAAGAGGGAGAACUGUACAUGUUUGGAAAAGAUGCUGUUUACUGUGACAGCUCGGGUCUUGUGACUGAGUUAAAGGGACAUUUUGUGAGCCAAGUAGCUUUGGGUAAAGCACAUGCCUGUGUGUUGACGAAGAAUGGAGAAGUCUGGACAUUUGGUGUGAACAACAAGGGACAAUGUGGCAGGGAAACUGGUGCACUCUGUCAAGGAGGGAAAGUAGGUUUUAAUGUGGAAAAUAUGGCAACAGCAAUGGAUGAGGAUUUGGAAGAGGAGCUGGAUGAAAAGGAUGAGAAAUCCAUAAUGUGCCCCCCUGGAAUGCACAAAUGGAAGUUAGACCAAUGCAUGGUCUGCACUGUGUGUGGAGACUGUACAGGUUAUGGAGCCAGUUGUGUCAGCAGUGGACGGCCAGACAGAGUUCCUGGAGGGCUUUGUGGUUGUGGGUCUGGCGAGUCCGGUUGCGCUCUGUGUGGUUGUUGCAAGGCCUGUGCCCGAGAACUGGAUGGUCAAGAGGCAAGGCAGCGGGGAAUUCUUGAUGCUGUUAAAGAAAUGAUCCCUUUAGAUCUUCUUUUAGCAGGACCUGUCCCGCCUGGAGUUAAUAUAGAAGAACAUAUUCAACUGCGACAAGAAGAAAAGAGACAGCGGUUGAGUAGAAGGCACAGGCUAGAAGAAGUGAGAGGCCCCAUUGUAUUUCCUGGUCCCAUUUAUUUGAAUCAUCGAGAACAGGCCAUAGCCAGACUAAGACCCCUUCCAGCAAAGCUAAAGCAUAAACGGGACAAGCAUAAAGAUGCUAAUGGAGAAAGGGGGGACAAGGACACCAGCAAGAUUACAACAUACCCCCCGGGUGCUGUAUGUCUUGACUAUGAGCUGCAGGCCAUCCAGAUUAGCUGUGGAUUCCACCACUCAGUGAUUCUAAUGGAGAAUGGUGACGUGUAUACAUUUGGAUAUGGACAACAUGGUCAGCUUGGACAUGGAGAUGUAAAUUCAAGAGGGGCACCGACAUUGGUACAGGGCUUACCUGCUCCUUGCACCCAAGUAACUGCAGGCAGUAACCACACAGCUCUGCUAUUAGCAGAUGGACAAGUCUUCACAUUUGGAAGCUUCUCUAAAGGACAACUUGGUAGACCAAUUUUGGAUAUGCCUUUCUGGAACACAAGACCAUCUCCUAUGCCAAAUAUCGGCUCAAAAUAUGGUCGAAAGGCAACCUGGAUAGGUGCAAGUGGAGACCAAACCUUCCUGCGCAUCGAUGAAGCACUUAUCAACUCACAUGUUCUAUCAACUUCAGAAAUCUUUGCCAGCAGAAGCAUAAUAGGUUUGGUCCCUGCAUCCGUAACUGAGCCCCCACCCUUUAAGUGCCUGCUAAUCAAUAAGCUGGAUGGAAGCUGUAGGACAUUUAAUGAUUCAGAGCAGGAAGACUUGCGAGGAUUUGGAGUUUGCUUGGAUCCUGUGUAUGAUGUAAUUUGGAGGUUCAUACCAGGUAGAAAAGAAGUUUGGUGUUACAAUGCAGUUACAGCAGAUGCUAGGCUUCCUCCAGGAUCAGAUAUGCACAGCAGGUGUAGUAUACUGAGUCCUGAGCUUGCACUACCAACAGGAUCGAAAGCAAAUACCACCAGAUCUCAUGGGGCUUUGCACAUUCUAGGCUGUUUGGACACGUUGGCUGCCAUGCAGGACCUGAAAAUGGGAGUUACUAAUACCGAAGAGGAGAUACAAGCUGUGACUAAAGUUUAUUCCAAGGAAGAUUAUAGUGUGGUUAAUAGAUUUGAAAGUCAUGGAGGUGGCUGGGGGUAUUCUGCUCAUUCUGUGGAAGCCAUUCGUUUUACUGCAGACACGGAUAUACUGCUUGGAGGUCUUGGCUUGUUUGGUGGCAGAGGUGAAUACACAGCAAAAAUCAAGCUGUUUGAGCUGGGUCCUGAUGGAGGAGAUCACGAGACGGAUGGUGACCUGCUGGCAGAAACUGAUGUCCUGGCUUAUGACUGUGCUGCAAGGGAGAAAUAUGCAAUGAUGUUUGAUGAGCCUGUACUUUUACAGGCAGGCUGGUGUUAUGUGGCUUGGGCUCGAGUUUCAGGGCCCAGUAGUGAUUGUGGCUCCCAUGGACAGGCCUCUAUCACCACUGAUGAUGGGGUGGUUUUCCAGUUCAAAAGCUCAAAGAAGUCCAAUAAUGGGACAGAUGUGAAUGCAGGUCAAAUACCACAGUUACUGUACAGGUUACCAUCGAAUGAUGGUAAUUCUGGAAAAGGAAAGCAACAGCCUAGUGAACCAGUGCAUAUUUUGAGAAGAUCUUUUGCCAGGACUGUCUCAGUGGAGUGUUUUGAAUCAUUGCUGAGCAUUCUUCAGUGGAGCUGGACAACCCUAGUGUUGGGAGUGGAGGAGCUUCAGGGAUUGAAAGGUUUUCAAUACACUGCCACUUUACUGGACUUGGAACGCCUAAAAUUUGUUGGUACUUGUUGCCUGCGACUGCUGCGUGUCUACAUCUGCGAAAUAUACCCUAUAUCAGUUGGUGCUAAAGCCGUGGUGGAGGAAACCAGCAAACUGGCAGAAUGUGUGGGAAAGACUCGGUCUCUUCUGAGAAAGAUUUUAUCAGAAGGAGUUGACCAUUGUAUGUUGAAGCUUGACAAUGAUCCUCAUGGCUACCAUUCACAACCCAAGACAUUAUUGGAAGCAGUUCUUCAAGAAUGCCACAACACAUUUACAGCUUGCUUUCAUUCUUUUUAUCCUACCCCUGGAUUGCAGUGGGCAUGUCUUUGUGACCUGCUUAAUUGCUUAGAUCAGGACAUACAGGAAGCAAACUUCAAGACAUCAAGUAGCCGUUUGCUUGCAGCAGUCAUGUCUGCACUCUGCCACUCUUCAGUCAAACUGACCACAAUCCUUCCCAUUGCUUAUGAUGGCGAGGUGCUGCUUCGAUCCUUGGUGAAACAAUCGAGCACAGAGAAUGAAUCUGCCAUGGUUCACAGAUUUGGUCUACUAGUAUCUCAUAUGGAGAAACUCAGCCAGAUUGAAGAAAAUAUUACAAGUAUGACCAGUUUUCGAGAAGUGCUGGAAAAAAUGUUGGUCAUUGUAGUGCUUCCAGUUCGCAAGAGUCUAAGAAGAGAAGUAGAACUCUUCUCUCCUCUCCUGGUGUCCAAUACUUGUGGUCUUCUUGCCAGUAUAGUGAGUGAACUCACCGCAUCAGCACUAGGAUCUGAGAUUGAUGGAUUGAGUUCCCUCCACUCUGUCAAAGCCACACCAAACCGAUUUAUUAAAACUAGCCAAGGACGAAGUUGGAAUACUGGUAAUGGGUCACCAGAUGCAAUCUGUUUCUCUGUAGACAAACCUGGUGUAGUUGUGGUUGGGUACCAUGUAUAUGGAGGAGGCGGCAUUCAUGAAUAUGAGCUAGAAGUGUUGGUUGAUGAUAGUGAGCACACUGGUGAUUCAGCACAUUCUCACAGAUGGACGUCCUUAGAACUAGUAAAAGGUACCUACAGCACUGAUGACUCAUCUAGUGACACGGCAGAGAUUAGAUUGGAUAAAGCUGUCCCUCUAAAGGAAAAUGUGAAAUAUGCAGUACGUCUAAGGAACUAUGGAAGUCGGACUGCAAAUGGAGAUGGAGGGAUGACCACCGUUCAGUGCCCAGACGGUGUAACAUUCACUUUUAGUACAUGCAGCCUCAGUAGUAAUGGAACUAAUCAGACUCGAGGUCAGAUCCCCCAGAUACUUUAUUACAGGAGUGAGUUUGAUGGAGAUCUGCAAUCACAACUGCUUAGCAAAGCCAAUGAGGAAGAUAAAAACUGCAGCAGAGCCCUUUCUGUCGUGUCUGCAGUUGUUCGUGCAGCUAAGGAUUUAUUGCAUAGAGCUCUGGCUGUUGAUGCUGAAGAUAUUCCAGAACUACUCAGCUCAUCCAGUCUAUUAUCAAUGCUGCUUCCCCUUAUCUUGGCUUACAUUGCACCAGUUGCUGCUAAUGUACCAAAAGCUGCAGUUGAAGUGUUUGGUCUUGUACAUGAGCUUUUGCCUCCAGUUGCAACAUUAAAUCAGAAAUAUGCUCCACCUGCCUUCAAUCCAAAUCAGUCAACAGACAGUGCAACAGGCAAUCAGCCUGAGCAAGGCCUCUCAGCUUGUACUACUUCUAAUCAUUAUGCUGUGGUGGAGAGUGACCAUCCUUAUAAACCUGCAAGUGUCAGUCAAUUAAAGGUGACUUUUCCAGAUUGUGUGAAGUGGAUGACUGUUGAGUUUGACCCAUUGUGUGGUACUGCACAGCCUGAAGAUGUCCUCCGUUUGCUGAUUCCAAAUAAAGUUUACCAAAGUUCAGGAUUUGGGCCUAAAAAUACAAGCCAUGACAUUCUUAAUUCAUGGAUAGAAUUAAAGAAAUUUUCUGGUUCCACUGGAUGGCCAACCACAGUCCUUGUUUUACCAGGAAAUGAUGCCAUCUUCUCUUUGGAGACUGCAUCAGACUAUGUGAAAGAUGAGAAGGCAUGUUUUUAUGGUUUCAAGUGUGUUGUUGUGGGUUACGAAUUCAAUCCUGGACCUGAUGAGGGAAUCUUACAACUAGAAAAGGAACUGGCAUACCUUGGAAGUAUGUGUGCAGCAUCUCUAAUGAAAAAAGAUCUCGCACUUCCUGUUGGUAAUGAAGUGGAGGAAGAUCUUGAAAUUCUUGAAGAAUCAGCUUUGCAGGUCUGCAAAAAUCAUGCUGGCUUAUUAGGAAAGGGCCUGGCCUUGUCUCAUUCGCCAACUAUCUUGGAGGCACUCGAUGGUAAUCUUCCCCUCCAUCUGCAGAGCAAUGAACAUUCUUUUUUGGAGGACUUCAUUGCCUGCAUAUCUGGCUCCAGUGGCGGACGACUUGCAAGGUGGCUUCAACCGGAUUCCUAUGCAGAUCCACAGAAAACUUCUCUGAUAUUGAAUAAAGAUUACAUCAAGUGCGGCUGGCCUGCCACCAUCACAGUUCAGACUAAGGACCAAUAUGGAGAUGUAGUUCAUGUUCCAAACCUCAAGGUUGAGGUGAAAGCUGUUCCUCUCUCUCAAAAGAAAUCUGUACAGCAGGAGAAUACUAAAAAAUUGCACCGUAUUCCCGGUAGCCCACCUGUGAUUGCUUCAAGUACUGAUAUGACAUUUGGUGGAUUGCCAUCUCCCAAACUAGAAGCAUCCUAUGAACCAAUGAUAGUAAAAGAAGCUCGGUAUACAGCAAUCACUAUGAUGAAGGCAUAUGAAAAUUAUUCAUUUGAAGAGCUUCGGUUUGCAUCGCCCACGCCUAAAAGGCCAAGUGAAAAUAUGUUAAUUCGGGCUAAUAAUGAUGGCACAUACAGUGCAAACUGGACACCUGGAGCUGUAGGUCUUUACACUAUCCAUGUCACAAUAGAUGGAAUUGAAACUGAUGCUGGUCUAGAAGUAGAAGUAAAAGACCCACCAAAGGGUAUGAUACCGCCAGGCUCUCAAAUGGUCAAACCAAAAGUUGAACAGCAACCAAGCAAGGUCCGCAAAUUUGUGACAAAGGACAGUGCAGGGCUUCGUAUACGUAGCCAUCCUUCUCUUCAGAGUGAGCAGAUAGGCAUAGUGAAGGUCAAUGGAACCAUCACUUUCAAUGAUGAGAUCCACAAUGAUGAUGGGGUUUGGCUGAGACUGAAUGAUGAGACUGUAAAGAAGUAUGUUCCCAACAUGAAUGGUUACACUGAAGCCUGGUGCCUCUCUUUUAACCAACACCUGGGCAAGAGCCUUCUGGUCCCUGUUGAUGAGCCUAAAUCCAUCACUGAUGAUUACUUCAGAGAAGUAAAUUCACGUCGGUCCCAUGAAGUAGUGUUGAAAGAGCAGGAAAAGAUGUUCCUGCAAGGCGGACCAGGAGUAUAUAAGGUAGUGAAGACUGGGCCUUCAGGGCACAACAUCAGGAGCUGCCCUAACCUUAGAGGUAUCCCCAUUGGAAUGUUAGUUCUUGGGAACAGAGUCAAGGCAUUAGGCGAGGUGACAAACCAUGAGGGCUCGUGGAUCCAACUUGAUAAGAACAGCAUGGUGGAGUUCUGUGAAAGUGGUGAUGGCGAGGCCUGGUCUUUGGCCAGAGACCGAGGUGGUAACCAGUACUUAAGACAUGAAGAGGAACAAGCACUAUUGGAUCAAGCACCUCAGACGCCUCCGCCCAGUCCUUUCACGGCUCCUGCUUUCAACAGGAGUGCUGGUGGCAACAACACUCAAGGAUUUGACUACAGCCUUGCAAAUACCAAAGAUGAAGUAACUACAGACCUUGACUUAGGAUCCUACACAGAAUCUGGUGACCAACUGAGCGUCAUACUGAAUACCAUUCAGUCACAGCCUUUCCUCCCAGCUUCUAGCGUCUUUGGUCAAGCUGCAAAGCCUUCCUCUUCCCUUGUUCACAGCCCAUUUGUGUUUGGACAGCCCCUUUCUUUGCCGCAGUCUCAACCACAGCUUCUGAACACUUCACGCAGCCUUGCUUCACGUGAGCGCUCAUGCACAGGGCCUGGGUCAGGUGUCUGCUCUAUAUCUCUGAAGUCAAAGGGUGAUAAAGGAAACGUUGUAGUAUCUGGAAGACCUUCAACUCCUUCUGGAAACAUUGAUUUGCCCUUCAAACACAAAACUGAAAAUCGAUUGCAAAAAAUUGAAGGUCGGAUCAGCAAGGCUGCUGUAGAACAGACAAAGGCAAAAAAUGCAGAAAAUUUGACUGCUAGUGAAUCUCUAAUGCUUAAAUCUGAUGCUGCUAAAUUGAGGUCAGACUCUCAUAGUAGAUCUCUUUCACCAAAUCACAAUACAUUACAAUUGCUGAAAACGGAUGAGAAGACCACCAUUGGACCAAGGGCAGAAUCACCAACACCAGGUUCACGGUCAGCAUUGCCAAAGCAAAAGUUGUCUGGGAAAGGCAGCCCAUCGAGUGCUAAUUCUCCAAGGCCAUAUUCUCCACAUGAGAAAAACUUAACUCAUAAAGUCAAUACAGCUUCAAAGAUUAGAUUGGAUCCACCACGGGAGAGAUCAAAAUCUGAUUCCUAUACUUUGGACCCUGAUACAGUUCGCAAGAAAAGAGUUCCUCUGACUGAGAACCUGCGAGGGCGAUCAACCUCACCAAAACCAAAAUUGCUCCCCAAGGAAGCUAAACCUGCCACCAAUGUGGAAAACAGAGUGCCAUCCCCUCAAGUUGUGCAAGAAAAUCUCCACAGUGAGAUAGUUGCUAUUUGUACAUCUAGUACUCUGACAACAACCAGCAAUUCAGAUAUGGUAUCUGAAAAAAUAGCUGAAAUACAAUACCCUGAAGACUCGUCCCCAAAGGUCCAUUUCAGCAUUGGCAAAGCUCCACCCAAAGAAGAACAAGAAACUCGAUCGUCCCCUAAGAUGAGUCGUAAGAGUACUGGCAGACAUACGAGGCCCAAGAAGGAAAAAAUGGCAACCAUUUUCAAAGAAGAAAGUAAUUCUUCAUCUGUUGAGCCGCCAAAGCGAGCAAUGUCCCCUUCUGUUGCAGAAUGUGCACGUGCUGUGUUUGCAGCUUUCCUGUGGCAUGAAGGGAUUGUCCAUGAUGCAAUGGCAUGCUCAUCUUUCUUAAAGUUCAAUCCUGACCUAAAUAAGGAACAUGCACCAAUGCGAAGCAGCCUUUACAACCAACCAGGUAUCGAGGAAAGGGAGACAAAACUAAAGAAUAGGCACUCAUUGGAAAUAUCGUCUGCUCUAAAUAUGUUUAAUAUUUCUCCUCAUGGUCCAGACAUAUCUAAAAUGGGCAGCAUUAAUAAAAAUAAAGUGCUCUCAAUGCUCAAAGAACCCCCAUUGCCUGAGAAAAAUGAAGAUGGAAAGGUAGAUUCAACAACCUAUGAACCUUCAAACCAUUAUUCUAUGAAAAGUAAGUCCCCAUUGCCACUUACUUUGCAGCACCUUGUUGCCUUCUGGGAGGAUAUUUCAAUGGCAACCAUAAAAGCAGCCACUCAGAAUAUGAUCUUUCCCAGCCCUGGUUCAAGUGCUGUAUUAAAGAAAAAAGAAAACGAGAAAGAUAACAAAAAGAGUAAGAAAGAAAAGAAGAAGAAAGACAAAGCAGAAGCAAGACCACGAGGAAAUCUCUUUGGAGAAAUGGCACAGCUUGCAAUGGGAGGCCCAGAGAAAGAUACCAUAUGUGAACUGUGUGGUGAAUCUCAUCAAUAUCCAGUAACGUAUCACAUGAGACAAGUUCAUCCAGGUUGUGGUCGCUAUGCUGGAGGACAGGGGUAUAAUAGCAUUGGUCACUUCUGUGGAGGAUGGGCAGGGAACUGUGGCGAUGGAGGUGUCGGAGGAAGCACCUGGUAUCUGGUAUGUGACCGUUGCAGGGAGAAAUAUCUCCGGGAAAAACAAGCUGCAGCUCGUGAAAAGGUUAAGCAAGCCAGAAAAAAACCUGUGCAGGUGAAGACUCCACGGGCCUUGCCCUCCAUGGAAGCUCAUCAAGUGAUUAAAGCAAACUCUAUGUUCUUGUUGUCACUGAGUAGUGCAGCAGAACCAAAUAUCCUCUGUUACCAUACCCCGAGGCCUUUCCAUCCACAUCUUCCAAGUUUGAAAGAGGGCAUUUCUGAUGAACUGCCCAACAAAUAUCCAUGCCUAUACCUACAGACACUUGCCAGACAACAUUCAGAAAACUUUGCUGGCUACCAUGACGAUCACCUUUUCCAAGAUGAAAUGAGAUACCUCCGUUCCACCUCUGUACCAGCACCAUACAUUUCUGUCACACCAGAUGCUUGCCCUCAUGUCUUUGACGAGCCUGAAACUAAUCUGAAAUCAAUGCCUCCCAGUCUUGAAACAAGUCCUAUAAUGGAAAAUGAUUCAACAAAACGCAGCGUCUUCCAAAGAUCCUACUCAGUUGUUGCAUCAGAGUACGACAAGCAGCACUCGACGUCACCUGCCCGGGUGAAAGCUAUUCCCAGGCGCAGGGUUAACAGUGGUGAUGCAGUUACUAAAUUUUCUUCUCGAGUAGAAGUGGGGUCAUCUCUCCUUCGACAUCCAUCUCCUGAGCUUUCUCGUCUGAUCUCGGCUCAUAGUUCCCUGCCCAAGGGAGAAAGAAAUUUCCAGUGGCCUGUUCUAGCAUUUGUCAUCCAGCACCAUGAUUUAGAAGGGUUGGAAAUGGCAAUGAGACAUGCCCUAAGGAAAUCUGCUUGCAGAGUGUAUGCUCUGGAGGCUUUCAAUUGGUUGUUGUGCAGUGUCAUUCAGACAACUGCUCUCCAUGAUAUUCUCUGGCACUUUGUGGCAUCUCUCACUCCAGCUCCCUUGGAAUUAGAAGAUGAAGAAGUUGAUGAUAACAAAGUGAACAAGGAGAAUGGAGAACAGGAGAAAGAUACUGGAGUGUGUGAGCAUCCAUUGUCUGAUAUUGUGAUCGCUGGGGAAGCAGCUCACCCUUUACCUCAGACUUUCCAUCGCCUCCUGCAAACUAUUUCAGACUUGAUGAUGUCACUCCCCAGUGGCAGUUCACUGCAACAGAUGGCUCUACGAUGCUGGAGUCUGAAAUUCAAGCAGUCUGAUCAUCAAUUCCUUCAUCAGAGCAAUGUUUUUCACCACAUCAAUAAUAUUCUUUCUAAAUCUGAUGAUGGUGAUAGUGAAGAAAGCUUUAAUAUCAGUGUUCAAUCUGGUUAUGAAGCAUUAAAUCAGCAGGAGCUCUGUACAGUAACAUGCUUGAAGGACCUCACAGGGAUUGUAGAUAUUAAGACGUCCAGUAGACCAGCCAUGAUUGGUAGUCUGACAGAUGGAUCAACAGAAACCUUCUGGGAAUCGGGUGAUGAAGACAAGAACAAAACAAAGAGCAUAACCAUAAAUUGUGUGAAAGGAAUUUGUGCCCGUUAUGUAUCUGUGCAUGUGGAUAAUUCUCGAGACUUGGGGAACAAGGUAUCUUCCAUGACUUUUUAUUCUGGAAAAGCAACUGAAGAUCUAAGCAGAAUUAAACAAGCUGAUAUGGAUUCCAGACAUAUGGGAUGGGUAACCAGUGAGCUUCCAGGAGGAGACAAUCAUAUAAUUAAAAUAGAACUCAAAGGCCCUGAGAACACCCUGAGAGUUCGCCAAGUCAAAGUCUUGGGAUGGAAGGAUAGUGAAAGCAUCAAAAUUGGUGGACAAAUCUCAGCAAGUGUUGCUCAGCAGAAGAACUGUGAGGCAGAGACUCUUAGAGUUUUCCGACUUAUAACAUCACAGGUAUUUGGCAAACUAAUAUGUGGCGAUGCAGAACCUACACCUGAGUUAGAAGACAAAACUAUUUUGUCAUCACCAGAGGGAGAAGAAAAGGUAUCUGAUGCUGAUUUAAAGGAACACAUGGUCGGAAUCAUAUUCAGCAGAAGCAAGCUAACUAAUCUACAAAAACAGGUAUGUGCACACAUAGUCCAGGCCAUACGAAUGGAAGCUACGCGUGUGCGAGAAGAAUGGGAACAUGCCAUAUCCAGCAAAGAAAAUGCUAAUUCUCAGCCAAACGAUGAGGAUGCUUCUUCAGAUGCAUACUGUUUUGAGCUUCUGUCUAUGGUGCUUGCUCUAAGUGGAUCCAAUGUAGGAAGACAAUAUUUAGCCCAGCAGCUCACCUUAUUGCAAGACCUUUUCUCCUUGCUACAUACAGCUUCACCCAGGGUUCAAAGACAGGUGACAUCUUUGCUCCGCCGCGUUCUUCCAGAAGUGACACCCGUGCGUCUUGCUAGUAUAAUAGGUGUGAAAUCUCUUCCUCCGGCAGACAUCAGUGACAUCAUUCACUCUACAGAAAAAGGAGAUUGGAAUAAAUUAGGAAUUUUGGACAUGUUCUUGGGAUGCAUUUCUAAAGCCCUCACUGUGCAGCUGAAAGCCAAAGGGAGUAGCUUUCCUGGCAUGGUUGCUGGGAAAGGGGUGACUUCCAUUACGUUACCAUCAGUCUUCAACUCUGGUUCCAUUCGGCGAGGUGAAAGUCACUGGUGGAUGAAAGGCUCCACGCCUCCACAAAUUUCUGAAAUAAUAAUUAAACUAAUAAAGGAUAUGGCAGCAGGGCAGCUGUCAGAAGCCUGGUCCCGUGUAACAAAGAAUGCUAUUGCUGAAACAAUAAUUGCCCUAACAAAGAUGGAAGAAGAAUACAGGGUGCCUGUUCAGUGCACUACAACAACCAGGUUAUGGCUGGCUCUUGCUUCACUGUGUGUGCUGGAUCAAGACCAUGUUGAUAGGCUUUCCUCUGGCAGAUGGAUGGGGAAGGAUGGCCAACAAAAACAAAUGCCAAUGUGUGACAACCAUGAUGAUGGUGAGACUCCAGCAAUUAUCCACUGCAACGUGUGUGGGAAUCUUUGCACAGACUGUGAUCGGUUUCUCCAUCUUCACAGAAGGACAAGAUCUCAUCAAAGACAGGUGUUUAAAGAGGAGGAGGAAGCAAUUAAAGUGGAUCUUCACGAAGGCUGCGGAAGAACCAAGCUGUUCUGGCUUAUGGCACUUGCAGACUCAAAAACCAUGAAAGCAAUGGUAGAGUUCAGAGAACAUACAGGCAAACCUGCAUCAAGCAGUUCAGAAACGUGUCGAUUCUGUGGAUCAAGAAAUGGAACAGAACUGUCUGCAGUGGGCAGCGUGUGUUCUGAUGCAGACUGCCAAGAAUAUGCUAAAACCGCCUGUGGCAAAACUCAUUCCUGCGGCCAUCUCUGUGGGGGAGUCAAAGACGAAGAGCGCUGUUUGCCUUGCUUACAUGGCUGUGACAAAAAUGCAGUAUCUCUCAAGCAAGAUGCUGAUGAUAUGUGCAUGAUAUGUUUUACAGAGGCACUUUCAGCCGCUCCUGCAGUUCAGUUGGAGUGUAGUCACGUUUUCCAUCUGCAUUGCUGUAGACGGGUUCUUGAAAAUCAGUGGCUUGGUCCAAGAAUAACCUUCGGAUUUAUGGCAUGUCCAAUAUGUAAGAACAAAAUAAAUCAUCUAGUAUUGAAAGAUGUGCUUGAUCCUAUCAAAGACCUGUAUGAAGACGUAAAGAGGAAGGCUCUAAUGAGGCUAGAAUAUGAAGGGUUGCACAAAAGUGAUGCCAUCACCACUCCCGGAGUUCGCUUUUACAAUGAUCCUGCUGGAUUUGCAAUGAAUAGAUACGCUUACUACGUCUGCUAUAAAUGUAAAAAAGCUUAUUUUGGGGGUGAAGCACGAUGUGAUGCUGAAGCAGGCCAGGGUGAUGACUAUGACCCAAGGGAAUUGAUCUGCGGUGCUUGUUCAGAUGUCUCCAGAGCUCAGAUGUGUCCCAAACAUGGUACGGACUUCCUGGAGUACAAGUGUCGGUAUUGCUGCUCUGUGGCAGUGUUUUUUUGCUUUGGAACAACACAUUUCUGUAAUGCUUGCCAUGAUGACUUCCAAAGAAUGACAAGUAUCCCGAAGGAAGAGCUUCCCCAUUGUCCUGCAGGUCCAAAAGGAAAACAGCUUGAGGGAGCCGAGUGUCCUCUUCAUGUCGUUCACCCAUCCACUGGUGAGGAGUUUGCUCUGGGUUGUGGCGUUUGCAGAAAUGCUCAUACUUUCUAAACACACAAUGGAGAGGUUCCUUCAGAUUCCCGAGCCUUUUAAUAUCUUCAGUUUCUGAAGUCAGCAAAUGGAGUUGGUUCAGGGUCAUUGGAAUGAGAGAACAAUGUGGUGCACAAAAAUUUUAAAAAAUUGUGUACAUACUUAUUGCUGUAAGUGACUCGAGUUUUCCAAAAGGCUUUAACUUGUGAAGUGUUUGCAUGCUGCAGUUGUAAUCCUCGGCUGUAAAGCAUCACACACCUACAUGGUACCUUGACGGGAGGUGCUUUUCCUAAAAGCAGUUGGGAUUUAAAGCAAGGACAGCUUCCAAAUUACACGUUUGAAGAAUUGCUACAAGUACACCGAGUACUACUUUUGGCUAACCCUGUACAGUAUUCUUGGAAAUUGCAACACGUCACAGGUUGAGAGUAUAUUCUGGUUCAUUUGAUAGACUGUUGAGGAUGUGUUAGGGCUUGUUGUGUAUGAAUAUCAUAAUGUAUAUAUGGUAUCAGUGUUAGGUGUAUUACAAAGUUGCUAUGUUACACUGCAAUUUUCAUUUAAACUUCUAGGGUUAUGUUUGAGCCUGAAAUUUUAAUGAAGUGCAAUACUGGGUGUGCCUCCUAUCUUGCAGCUGUAAACAUAUGGAAUGUAUAUGUCAAUAAAACCGCUGUACAUUUUUAUACAGUGAAAA